AACUUGUUGUCUGGGCCCAUCUUUUCAAUUAAUUUGCAGUAAUUAAAGUAUGAUGGGCGGGAUGGGACUAAAGUGAAAUGCAAUUCAAAUUUAACCUUUCUUCUUUGGUAUCACCAUCCUUAUUUACUUUAAACUAUCUUCAAUGCUCUGAUGAGUUUAAGCCUUCCUGUAUCACACACUGUGCACGCAGAAAUAUUUGAGUGAACUGUUGCCAAUAGCUCUGAGCAAGAGAGGGGCAUGUUUCAGAUUACACUGAGUUUUGUUGUUCUGAUCUGAUCUCCUUCCUAGGAGAGGCUGAGAAAGGCAGCUCUAGGGGAUUUAGUUCUAGCAGCAGCAGCAGCACAUGAUCUAUCAAUCGCGUGAUUCUCACCACCGAGGCCUAAUGGGGAGGGUGAGGAAAAAGCUUACAGUGCCUUGCGGAAGCAACAGCAGCUUCUUCUGCUCGUGGGCCUCCUCCGCCGGCUGGACUCGUCCAUGGCUUCUCCCAGGCUGGAAACCUACUGCUGCCCUAACCGAGAUGCAGCCACGGAGCUGGUGAUGACCUUCCAGCCCAAGGUCUUCUGUGGAGUCUGCAUCGGCAGCGCCUCCGUCAGUCUGCUGCUCACCAUCCUGCAGCUCCUGCCCAAGAAGGGACAGAGCCCACGGAAGAUGCCCAAAGCCUCCUCCUCCGCCACCAUCCUCCUCCUCAUCUCCGCUUGCGACAUCCUUGGUGGCCUAGGUAUGAUCUUCAGAUCGAGCGUAUGGCUAGGCUUCCCAGGCCUCGUAGCUAACAUUUCUGUGGUGAACGGGACCGACAUAUGGCCUUCUGCUUUCUGUGUGGGCAGCGCGAUGUGGAUCCAGCUAUUGUAUAGUGCUGUCUUCUGGUGGUUAUUUUGCUAUGCUGUUGACUCUUACUUGGUGGUAAGAAGAUCAGCUGGACUGAGCACGAUAGUCCUGUACCACAUGAUGACCUGGGGCCUCGCGGUUCUGCUCUGUGUGGAGGGGGUCGCGCUGCUUUACUACCCAUCUCUUUCCAGCUGUGAAAAUGGCCUGGAGCAUGCAGUUCCACACUACAUCACAACCUAUGCCCCACUCCUGCUAGUGCUGGUGGUCAACCCAAUCCUGUUUAGAAGAACAGUAUCAGCAGUUGCCUCCUUACUGAAAGGGAGACAAGGAAUUUACACAGAGAAUGAAAGACGCCUGGGCACAGAGAUCCAGAUCCGCUUUUUCAAAAUCAUGCUGGUAUUCAUUAUAUGCUGGUCAGCCAAUAUCAUCAAUGAGAGCCUUUUGUUCUACCUUGAAAUGCAGCCAGAUAUCAAUGAAAUACCCCUGAAAAAUAUUAGAAAUGCUGCACUGAUCACAUGGAUUAUAAUGGGUGUCCUUAAUCCCAUGCAAGGCUUCCUCUUCACAUUAGCUUUCUAUGGCUGGACAGGAUGGAGAGUGGACCUGAAAUGGCAAAAGAGAGAAAUACCCUGGGAAUCGAUGUCCUCAUCGACUGCAGGUGAAAACGCGUAUCCCUCACCGGUGAACUACCAAAGCAACAUCCAUGAUUCAAAGAAGAUAUCGACAAGCGACAGCCAGCAGACCGAUGAGGCUAUCAGUAUGUUGUCUGAAGGUUCUGAUGCUAGUACAAUUGAAAUCUACCUCUCGAGUGAGCUAUAUGACUUAAAUGGUAAUGAGGCUGAUGUUGAAUGACUGGAAAGCUGUGAGAGGCAUGAGCGGGAAAGUGUUUAGCUGCCCUCCAGAGGAUGAAAUAAGAUUUGCCAAAAUAGAGGAAUUUUCAUUACAGCACACGUGUU